CUGGAUUUUGAAGCGAGAGUCCCCGUCCCCUUCAGCAUCUUCCCCUCGUCGUAUCGCAACGACGACAAGAAGGAGUCGGGCAAGACCAGCACCAGCACCACUACCCACGAGGAGCUCAACCUCCACCUCCCCCACCACAAGCCCGGGCGGGAAGGUAGUCAGGUCUCUUCAUCUUACUCCGCCACCGCGGCCGACCUUCCUCCCCGCAGGGAGCAGCACCGCUACAGCGAGGAAGAGGUCUUCGUCACCCGUGAAGAGGACCAUUACCGCCGUCCAGGUGUCCACCGUGAAGAGUACUACCGCGAAGAGCUCAAGGAGCAACAGCCCAGACCUCCUCGUUCUUCCUACUCUGAGAGACCCCCCCGGUCCUCAUACUCUGAUACUCGCAUUGAGAUCGACACUCACGGACACCACCACCAUCACCACCACCGGCCGGAAUCCCACCUGUCGAUCCCUGUCACCCCAAUUGACAACAUCGAGCGUGGAUACCGUGCUCGAUCCCAGCCUGGUUACCGUGAGGACGUCCGUGUGACCAAGACAACUGUGGACACCCCCCUGCGCCGUCCCGUCACCAAGGAGACUGUUCACCACGACGAGCACAUUAUCGAAGCGCCAAAGGUCCGCCCCGCUGUCCACGAGACUGUACGUGUAGACGAGACAGUUGAGAUCGAUCGCUCCCCGCGUCACAAGCAUCACCACCACCACAAAGCCAAGAUGGGUUACUUCGAUGAAGAUGGCCACUACCACUCCUUCCGGCACGGCCUCCACAAGGUGGCUGAUCGUAUCAUUCACCCUCACCAAGGUCGUGAGACCAUUGAGGUGACUGAAGUCCGGGAAAGCCGUCCUUCUCGACGUGGAAACGUGACCGCUUACGGAGAUGAAGUCCCGAACUCAGUUACCAUUCCCUGCCACCACAUCCGGAUCGGCGAUAUCUUGAUUCUCCAGGGCCGUAUUUCCCAGGUUAUCCGGAUCUCGACCUCCUCCGCCACCGGCCAACACCGCUACCUCGGAGUCGACCUCUUCACAAAGCAGCUGCAUGAGGAGUCCUCGUCCAUCUCCAACCCCGCCCCCAGCGUCGUUGUCCAGACCAUGCGCGGACCCGUCAUGAAGCAGUACCGCGUCCUCGACCUCCAGGACGGCAGCGGUAAGUACUCCACGUUCCCGUUGGUAUUCGACAGAUCACGUGCUGACGGCCUGCCUGAAGUUGUUGCCAUGACCGAGACCGGAGAUGUGAAGCAGUCCCUGCCAGUCAUUGACCAGUCCAACCUCUGGGAGCGCCUCCAGCAGGCCUUCGAUUCCGGCCGAGGAUCCGUCCGUGUGCUGGUUGUCAGCGACAACGGCCGCGAGAUGGUCGUCGACACCAAGACGCUGCACGGCUCCUCUCUGUAA